CCAGCGAGACUUCAAGUUGAUCCAGAAUCAAUACCAGAUGAUGAUAAACCCCCACAAACGGGAAGUGUGUUCAAUGUUUGGUAUUUGAAGUGGAGUGGAGGAGAUUCGUCGUCAAAUCCAUAUACUAAGCUGAACUUUAGAGUAAACAUUAAAAAGGAUUCAGGCUAUACUAAAGCUAAACAUUCAAACUACAUAUGUUUGUUUUUCGCAAGAGGAUGCUGUUAUUUGGGUAAGAAUUGUCCCUAUUUACAUCGAUUACCAACCAGUGAAGAUUAUUUUAUACCGACUCAAGAUUGUUUUGGUCGAGAUAAAACAAGUGAAUAUAAAGAUGAUAUGAGUGGAGUUGGUUCAUUCAAGAAAAUCAACAAAACUUUAUAUAUUGGCGGCUUAACCAAAACCAAUAACUCCAAUAUUCAAAAUAUUCUAACUAAGCAUUUUGAAGAGUUUGGUAAUAUUGAAAAAAUUAAAAUUUUGUUCAAUAAAAAUUGUGCUUUUAUCACUUAUAAACUGGAAUAUCAAGCUCAGUUUGCGAAAGAAGCAAUGCAGAAUCAAUCAAUUGUAGGCGAUGAUAUCCUAAAUAUCAAAUGGGCAAAUGAAGACCCUGACCCAAAUUCUCAAAAACAAAAACAAAACGCUUUGGAAGAUGAAGCUUUGAAUACAGUUAAAAAACUACUCAAUGAUAAGUCAAAAGAUAAUAAAGUGACAGUCCAAGAAGUUGAAAGUGAAGGCGAAGAAGAA